AUGUACCUUCGUGUCCUCAGACACGUGGUCCGGAGCUCAGCGUUUGCCCGCCUCGGCCCCUUUUCUCGCAGGUUCUACAGCAGCAAGACAUCAAAGCCUCUCCGGAUCCUCUUUUGUGGAUCUGAUGACUUCAGUAUUGCGUCUCUGAGAGCCCUGCAUGAGGAACAGAAGCGGGACCCUCAGUUGAUAAAGUCUAUUGAUGUACUCUGUCGCCCCGGAAAACCAUCCGGGAGGUCCUUGAAGACUAUUCGAGAAGUACCGAUUAAGGCUGCUGCUCUGGAGCUAGGGCUCACGGUUCACGAGAGGGAUACUUUUACCGGCUGGGAGUUACCACGACCCCAAGGUGAGCCCAUAAACCUGAUUAUCGCCGUCUCAUUUGGCCUAUUCGUGCCACCGCGGAUCCUGAGAAGUGUUGAAUAUGGCGGCCUCAAUGUCCAUCCAUCUCUCCUGCCCAAUUUUCGUGGGCCUGCUCCACUCCAGCAUACCAUAAUGACAGGCGUCAACUCCACCGGGGUUACGCUCCAGACCAUGGACGAAGUCUCGUUUGAUCACGGAAUGAUCCUAGCUCAGACACCGCCCAACGGGCUUCAAGUCCCAUCACUGGAUACAUGCACAUACGAAGAACUUCUCGAAUUCAUCACUCCGAAGGCGGCCGAGAUGCUAGUGGAAGGGAUCCGCGACCGGGCCUACGUGCCUCCCCUGAAAGCGGUCGGAUGGUACGAAUCCGACCAGCUGGUGCCCGCCCCCAAGAUCACUCCCAAGCACCGACAUAUCGACUGGGAGGGCUGGGAAGCCUCCCGGAUCCACCGACACCACCGAGCGCUCGGACGGCUCUGGAACCGCGUCUACGUGGACUCCCACACCGAGACUACGAAGCGCCUGAUCUAUGAAGAUAUCGAGGUCGCGCCCAUGCCGGACGUCCUCGCCGAAUGGCUCGCUGAGAGCAGACCCGACGCAACGGGGAAGAUCAUCCCGCAGCAGAGCGACAGCCUCGUGCGCUUCGUGGUGUAUCAAGACACAGCAGGAGCGCCGAAACCGCUGCCGUAUAUCGUGGAUGGGGAUGCGGUCGUCUUUGCGGCGUUCCCUCCCAGUAUGGGGAAAGGUAUCCGCGUGAAGGAGAUCACGAUGGAGGGCCAGCGCAAGAAGGCUGCUAGUAAAGUAAUGCAGAAUUUUCAGGGCCGCGAGGCUUGGGAAUUGAUAAAGGGGAGUGGGGAGAGUUUCGGGGUGAAUCCGAUACCUCCCCUGGUCAAGAGGGCUUAA